AUGGCAAAUCAGCAAGGUCAGAAGCGAUCUGCCUCCCAGUCGCCUACCCCCACACCUCCGCCAUCGGUUCGAGCCAGGGAUGGGAGCUACGUAGACGACGAGGAGACUGCCUACCUGAACGACGAGCCGAGUUUCAGCUGGUCAUCAUUUGAGGCGGAACAGUCAGAGUUUCGCUCGCCAUCACGUUCGUUCACCUCUUCCCCCUCAAUGUUUUCACCGGUGCCUGAUUACCCGUCAAUCCCUUCACCGCCUUUCUCGCAGGACGACGAGGACAGCAGCCUGAACGGGUCCAUUGAAGCAGCCUUAAACACGUUCACCGACUCGGUGAACUUCGCUGCGAGCACUUUUGCCUACACCGUAAAGCAGCUCUUUAUUAACGGUCGCGAGCAGCGUCAGGUGAACACCGCCAGCAACGGCACCACCACCUCCUCGGCUGCCGUUUCCACCAAUGGCCACCAGUGCAGUGCUGCCGAGGAGGACAACGGCCUGAACGUGGAGGCCACUCUGGCGGCUGCUUUUUCCUCUCUGACCGACUCGGUGGGGUCUUCCACUGCCGCUUCCUCCGGCAGCCAAAUCUUCUCCAGCAACAGUCACCACCGAGUCAACGCUUUUAACGUGAUGAGCAGCAAGCUCUCCGGUGGUAGCAGUGGUGGCAAACAGCGUCAGGUGCACACCAGCAAGUCUUCUGCCGCCGGUAAUGGCUCCACCACCAAUGGCCACCAUGACAACUCGUCAGCCUCUGCUGGCAAUGCCAACACUGCUUCAGGUAGUGGUAGUGUCAAGUUUGCCUGA